UUCUGGGAACUGGAACGGUAUACCGGUGCCAAAAAUCCACAUGGGCUUAUCUACAAUCUCUAUAACAACCUGAAAUUCAAAUGGGUUAUCUACAAUCUCUCCUUCCCUUCCCUUCCCUUUCCAUCAAUAAAUACUUCCGUUUGUUCUUCCAAUACCAAUUUUCCAACCUUUGGAUUCUGACAAAAUAUUCAUUGUAUCUUUCCACCAGUCAGACUAAAGAAUAGAAACAAAUAAGAGUAGCCGCUUCUUUUGAGCACUGUUGAGUCUUGCAGCCUUCAACGGCAACACCAGAAGUCCUCUCUUCUCUUCGCUUUCUCCUCUCUGCCCUCUCCUCACUCCACGCUAUCUGGAAUACAAGUUGAUUUUGGGAGUGAAUUUGGUGGUAUCAAAUAUUUAUAAGCAUGUCUAAGCUGAGAGUGGCAGUGGUGGGUGCUGGGAUUAGUGGGCUGGUUGCAGCUCAUGUUUUGGCCAAGGAAGGUGUCGAUGUGGUAAUAUACGAGAAAGAGGAUUACUUAGGCGGCCAUGCUAAGACUGUUACUAUGGAUGGCAUUGAUCUUGACCUUGGCUUCAUGGUCUUCAAUCGUGUGACUUAUCCAAAUAUGAUGGAACUCUUUGAGAAUCUUGGAGUAGAUAUGGAGCUUUCUGAUAUGUCAUUCUCAGUGAGCCUAGACAAGGGCAAAGGCUGUGAAUGGGGGAGCAGAAAUGGAUUGUCAAGUUUGUUUGCACAGAAGAAGAAUGUACUUAAUCCAAAAUUUUGGCAAAUGAUCCGAGAAAUUGUCAAGUUUAAGGCUGAUGUCAUAAGUUAUGUAGAAGAGCUAGAGAAAAAUCCGGACUUAGAUCGGAAUGAAACACUUGGGCAUUUCAUCAGAUCACGUGGAUACUCAGAGUUAUUUCAGAAGGCCUAUCUUGUUCCAAUAUGUGCUUCUAUCUGGUCAUGCUCUUCAGAAGGAGUAUUGAACUUUUCUGCGUAUUCUAUUCUUUCCUUUUGUCGUAACCACCACCUUCUUCAGCUCUUUGGUCGCCCUCAGUGGCUCACAGUAAGAUGGCGUUCCCAGACUUACAUCUCCAAGGUUAAAGAUGAUCUGGAAAGAAGAGGCUGUCAAAUAAGAAAUGGUUGUGAAGUACGCGCUGUUUCAACUAAGGAUGAGGGUUGUGUUGUUACAUGUGAAAAUGGUUCCAUUGAAGUAUAUAACUCGUGCAUAGUGGCUGCGCAUGCUCCAGAUGCUCUUAAGAUUUUGGGAGAGCAGGCAACAUAUGAUGAAUCAAGAAUACUUGGUGCUUUCCAAUAUGCCUACAGUGAUAUUUUCCUUCAUCGUGACAAAAACUUCAUGCCCCAAAAUCCAGCAGCAUGGAGCGCAUGGAAUUUUCUUGGAACUGUGGAUAAUAAAGUAUGUGUAACAUAUUGGCUCAACAUCCUCCAGAAUCUAGGAGAAACUGGACUGCCUUACCUGGUAACUCUCAAUCCGCCUCAUACACCUGAGAAUACAUUACUCAGGUGGUCAACUGGGCAUCCAGUUCCAUCAGUUGCUGCCUCAAAAGCUUCUACUCGACUUAAUGACAUCCAGGGGAAGAGAGGAAUAUGGUUCUGUGGAGCAUAUCAAGGUUAUGGUUUCCAUGAAGAUGGACUUAAGGCUGGUACAGUUGCUGCUCAGAGCCUGCUCAGAAAAAGUUGUACUAUCCUGAGUAACCCCAAACACAUGGUACCUUCCUGGACAGAGACUGGGGCACGCCUUCUCGUUACUAAAUUCCUCAAUGGUUUUAUUGCUACUGGCUCAUUAAUGUUACUGGAAGAAGGUGGCACAAUGUUUACCUUUGAAGGAACAACAAAGAAAAGCUUCCUGAAAGUUUCUAUUAAAGUUCACAGCCCACAGUUUUAUUGGAAGGUUGCUACUCAAGCCGACUUAGGCCUUGCAGAUGCCUAUAUAAACGGGGACAUUUCUUUCGUGGAUAAAAAUGAAGGUUUGCUUAAUCUUUUCAUGGUUUAUGUUGCCAACAGAGAUCUUAAAGCUUCUGUCACAAGUUCUAGCUACCAAAGAGGCUGGUGGACACCACUGCUUCUGACGGCUGGACUAGCAUCUGCAAAGUACUUCUUUCAGCAUGUUUCAAGACAAAAUACUCUAACACAGGCUCGCCGAAACAUCUCUCGGCAUUAUGAUCUGAGCAAUGAACUAUUUUCUCUGUUUUUGGAUGAAACAAUGACGUAUUCAUGUGCAAUAUUUAAGUCUGAAGAUGAGGACUUGAAAAUUGCACAAUUGAGAAAAAUUUCCCUAUUGAUUGAAAGGGCCAGAAUCAGUAAGGACCACCAUGUCCUGGAGAUUGGCUGCGGUUGGGGAAGUCUAGCUAUUGAAGUUGUCAAAAGAACUGGAUGUCAAUACACUGGAAUCACCCUUUCUGAGAAGCAACUUACAUAUGCAGAACAGAAAGUGAGGGAAGUUGGGAUGCAGGAUCACAUAAAAUUUCUUCUUUGCGACUAUCGUCAAUUGCCAGAAACCUAUAAAUAUGACAGAAUCAUAUCUUGUGAGAUGUUGGAAGCUGUUGGUCAUGAAUUUAUGGAGAAGUAUUUCAGCUCUUGCAACUCAGUAUUGGCAGAAGAUGGGAUUCUGGUCCUACAGUUUAUAUCAAUACCAGAUGAGAGGUAUGAAGAAUACAGACAAAGCUCAGACUUCAUAAGAGAGUACAUCUUUCCAGGUGGUUGCCUACCUUCACUUAGCCGAGUAACAUCAGCGAUGGCUGCAGCAUCCGGACUGUGCGUGGAGCACCUGGAAAACUUUGGAAUCCAUUACUAUCAUACCCUUAGGCGUUGGAGGACAAACUUCCUGUCAAAACAAAGUGAAAUCCUGGAAUUGGGUUUCGAUGAAAAGUUCAUCCGGACGUGGGAAUACUAUUUUGAUUACUGUGCUGCUGGAUUCAAAACAUGCACACUUGGAAACUACCAGGUUGUAUUUUCCCGGCCAGGCAAUGUUGUAUCCUUUGGCAAUCUACAGAAAGGUGUACCUUCAGCCUAUUGAUUGUUCAUCCUAUGAAGAGGAAAAGAUCUCCAUCUCAAGAGAAACAACAGAAGAAUUCAAUCCUAGAUAGAUGACUUGCCAUUUUUGUCUUUUAAGCUCCAAUAUUGAUUUCUGCUCAAGAUUUCAUUUGGGUUAGUCCUUCACUGCUUCCCAAAGAAGCAUGAAAAACAAAACAAGAAAUAAAGGUAAAAGAACCAAAAGUAGAGAAACAAACGUGCAAAGUUGAUUCACAACUAGCUUCAUAAUGUUGCAAGUUUCUUUGUCGAAGGCUUGUGGAACGAAGAUUGGUUAAAACCUUGAAUUUGCAUUCAACUGUAGUCAUGAUUUGCAGUCAAAAUCUAAAUGUGACUGGGAUUACACCA